AUGAACAACACCGUAAUAUCACAUUACUUUCAUCCAGAUAAUCUAAAUAAUUAUGAAUUAUUCCAAUCUAAUAAUAAAUAUCCAAGACUUUUCACAGUUAUAACUUUUUUUAUCAAACAAAAAAAAUGUUACCGCAAGCGGACAACUAUUAUUUUAAUGUACUCUGUGGGAUUUGAACCCACGCUUCCGAAGAAAUCAGUGCCUUAA